AUGCUCUCUCAAGAGAAUGCUUCCCGCCUCCGAGCGAUGCACUCUCCAGGGAGGACUCGCGCCUCCUGCCUCCGGGCUAGGCUCAAAGAUUCCCGCCCCCGAGCGAUGCUCUCUCUGGAGAAUGCUUCCCGCCUCCGAGCGAUGCACUCUCCAGGGAGGACUCACGCCUCCGGCCUCUGGGCUAGGCUCGAAGAUUCCCGCCCCCGAGCGAUGCUCUCUCCGGAGAAUGCUUCCCGCCUCCGAACGAUGCACUCUCCAGGGAGGACUCACGCCUCCUGCCUCCGGGCUAGGCUCGAAGAUUCCCGCCCCCGGAGCGAUGUUCUCUCCGGAGAAUGCUUCCCGCCUCCGAGUGAUGCACUCUCCAGGGAGGACUCACGCCUCCUGCCUCCGGGCUAG